UGAGUAUUUUUUUGGUCUAUUGGACGUUUUGGAUUGGGACAAUUUUGGAAGGAAAGAAUCGUGAAUUUUUGUGUUUAGGACGAAACAUAUAUUUUUGCUCAAUGGGACGAAUUUAAGGAGGAUGAAUCUUCGGUUUUGUCCUGUAGGCCGAAUUGUGGAUUUGCUUUGUUGGGACGAAUUUAGGAUUACCUCAACUUUUUUUUAAAUUUAUUUCCUAACUCGUUAAUUUUAGUAAUCUACAUAUUUUUAUUGAUAUUAGAUUAUAUUUACUAUAAUUAAUAAUUAAAUAUGGAUCAAUUCGGCACUUCACCAGCAAAUCCUCAAUCUUUAUUAAAUCUCUUAAGUGGUGGACAAACACCUAUGCACAGUGGAGUUUUGAAUUUUGGUUCGAAUGGCCCGGGAUCGGUAUCUCAACAGCCUUUAUCAAAUUAUCAAAAUUUGUUUGGAAGUGCCGGUCCGGGCUCUACAAUAAAUAUUGGGGCGCAAUCUAUGCAUUCUGUUGGAGGGACAGCCUCUGUAUUCAACAGUCAAGGUCCAGGAUCUGUUCUCAAUCCAUUUUCUUCAAGUGGAGGAAAUGAAUAUAAAGGUCCUUCUUCUGUUGUAAAUUUGGCAGGAAUUCCAGCUUCAGCAAGUAAUUAUAAUGAUGGAGGGCCUGAAAGUGUUCUAAAUAAUUUAAAUAUUCCAAUGACUCCGCUACAAGGAGGGUAUUCUGUUAGAGAUUCUCAACAUCAUAUUGGCUCUCAAUUGCCUGCUUCAAAUAUUCCAACAGUUAUUCCUCAGACUCCUUUUAGUGCUCCGGCAGAAGUACCUUCACCUACCUUACAAAAUAUUGUAUCUACGGUUAAUUUAGGUGUUCAAUUGGAUCUUAAACAAAUUGCUUUGAGAGCUCGUAAUGCUGAAUAUAAUCCAAAACGUUUUGCUGCCGUUAUUAUGCGCAUUCGCGAUCCCAGAACGACUGCAUUAAUUUUCUCUUCUGGAAAAAUGGUUUGCACUGGAGCGAAAUCAGAAGAAAUGAGCCGUUUGGCGGCUAGAAAAUAUGCAAGAAUUGUUCAAAAAUUGGGAUUCAAUGCAAAAUUUACUGAAUUUAAAGUUCAAAAUAUGGUUGGGUCUUGUGAUGUUAAAUUUCCUAUACAAUUGGAAGGCCUUUGUAUUACCCACGCCCAAUUCAGUACUUACGAGCCUGAAUUAUUUCCUGGGUUAAUUUAUCGAAUGGUUAAACCUCGUGUUGUUUUACUUAUUUUUGUUAGCGGAAAGGUAGUUAUAACUGGGGCAAAAUAUAAAAAGGAUAUUGACGAGGCUUUUAAUCAGAUUUAUCCAAUUUUGAAAGGUUUUAAAAAAUGAAAUUUUUUGUUUGCAUUUAAUUGAGAAAAAUUUACUCAAAUAUUCUAUCGAAUUUUAAAAGUUUAUUUUUAGUUAAAUAUUCUAGUUAUAGGCGUAGACAAAAAUUAUUUAAAAUGGGGGUAUUAAAUGGAAUUUAUUUGAAUUUUAAAUUAAUUUUGGGAAAUUUUAGUCAUUUUAUUUUCGUACAUAUAAAAGGGGAUUUGGCGCUG